AAAUAACGCAACCGUUCCAGAACGAACUCCGUCUCUCAAUCUCAACGUUUGUCGUCUGCACGGAGAUCCUCCUCCUUCCUCAAAACCUAAAGAAACGUUAGGGUUUCCCCUCUGCAUCGAUCGGCGGCCCUAGAAAUGGAUCUGGAAGUUGUUGGCCGCCACGCGCUGCUCUUCGACGACGAUGCCAUGGCGGAGUUCACCAACUCCGCAAAUGCCCUCGUCGAAUGGAACUCUCUCUCAAUCGACCGCUACGACGUCCGUCAUCUCCUUACCGGCCCUCUUCCGCCGCGUGCUCGUCGGCGACACCACCAGGACGAUGCUCUUGAAUCGGAGCUAGAUCGCGAGCGCUACCAGGAUUUGCUGUCGAUUCCCGAUGAGCAAGGUAAAAUUCUCUUUGAUUGUGUUACUUACAGCUUUGCAGAUUUAUGAUUGUAUUCUCGUGGAUGUGCUAUUAGGCUCUUUGCCCAAGUUCUAGUUUCUCCCCCGCAAAAUGGUUGUUUGAAGAACACAAAACGUGCCUUCUUCUCUCGGGCGGCAGAGUAUGUUCAUUUUGUCGAUUGCUGCCUCGUGCUGCUAGAACUUGCCCUUCCUUACACAGUAGCCGGCUACAGGGUGGCUGUGGACCUGCAGCUCAGCAACUAGAUUAGUUUGUUUGAUAAGGUUUAGCAGUAUUCAGUGGUUAUACUUCCCUGUCCAUUGAUGGUUUGUGCUGAAGAAGAAGAAGAAGAGAGUUGGUCACCUUUGCUCUCUAGAUUCAACCUUGUUGAUGCGAGGUUGACACUUCCUCAAUGCUGAUCCCUUACAUUUCGUGAAAGUUGAUUCUGAAAAUAAAAGAAUGGAAUUAUGUUGCAUUUGUGUUAAGAGUGGUGAAGGAAACAGGGGAUAUAUGAAAGUAGGUAGGAUGAUCAGAUUAGAGCAAUUUGUUACUCGAAUAAUUUGAAUAAUUAGCAUGAUAGCGGUUGAUUUGAUGGUCAAUACAUAAUGCAUGGUCCAUGGUUUACCGAUUGCUGCAAGGAUGCCAAUGAAAACCUUUUUAGUCUAAUAUGGGUCUCUUUUUAACAUAAUAUUCAGCUGAACAAUGGGAAUGCAGCCUAUGAUAUGUGUGAAUGCUAUAUGUUUUGGGUUACUCCAAGUUUGCAGGAUCGAAUUUAGUUUGCUAAAGUUUCUUCUUUCAGAGGUACAAGUAAGAAUUUCUUUUACUUUUCCCUAGAAGUAUGUUCGUUUCUUGUGAUUUAGUUCUUAGGCGCUUUUCCCAUUGUAUACAGAAUGAUUUGAUGGGAUCCUCUCCUCAUGUGACUCUUAAACCUUCUUGUUUCUUUUGUUGCAGACUUGGAAAACGAGGCAGAACUGCCCAACAAUGGUGGCUAUCAUUCAGUAGCAUUUUCAUAUGGGGAGACCCAUUCAUCUGACGACCACAAUAAUGUGGAUGCUGAAUGUGGUUUUCGUCCACCAUUCUCAGUGCCUGAACACAUGGUUCAGAAGCUGGUAAGUGUAAAUUCAUACUUCUAAGUGCUUUUGGAUUCUUUUAUUCUUCUAAUGUGAUUGUUUGUUUGAUACUUGUCCAGUGCGGCGGUGUGGUAGUUGUCUAAGGUGCAUAUGUUAUUCUAAGGCUUACCAUGUCUAAGUUUCAGAUGCUCGGAGCAGGAAUUGGACUUCUUCAAGGUUGUCACUCACAGGCUCCUUGUCUUCUUUUGAUGUCUUGACUCUUGACAAGGGGCCCUAAAGGUGGGAUUAGGAUGACAGAAAUAUAUUACAUUCUCAGCCUAUCAGGAAUUAUUGGGUAGAGAUGAGAUGGUUGAUAGACGGCUUCUAACAUUAUGCAUAUUGAUCUUUAUUGUUAUGUGGAUAUGUACCUCAGUUGUUCCCUAAUGGGAUUCUUUAGUAAGAUGUCUGCUUUCCUGGGACUCUAGGAUUACAAUUGUCAUUGCUGACAGGAACAUGUUUUACCUUUGUGUUCUCUGCCUUUUCAGCCACCUACCGAAAAGGUGCAUCAGAUCAUUGCAAGGACUGCCUUGUUUGUGCACACUCAUGGGGGCCAGUCAGAAAUUGUUUUGAGGGUGAAACAAGGGGACAAUCCAACAUUUGGAUUCCUGAUGCCUGACCAUGAUCUUCAUCCAUACUUUAGGUUCCUUGUUGAUCAUCAAGACCUUAUGAAGUCUGACAUCAACAGCAAGUCUGUGGAAGAAGAGAAUAGUUGUAGGAGCAGCCUUGAAGAGACUGGUGGGGCUUUGUCUUUGCUUGGCUCAUUAUACGGAUCAGCAGAGGAUGAAGAAGGUGUUUCUGAGAAUGCAUUAUCACUUAAGAAAAAUGACCUCGAGGAGGCUGUUGAUCCAGAUAAAACCACAGUUUCCACAAGAUUGCAAGAACUUGAUUCUUCUAUACUUGCUGCUGCAAGAGAUGAGAAGUCUGUCAAGCAUCAUAUUCCUUCUUUGAAAGAUGCACCUAAGGUCAUAAGAAGAAACCAUAGCAUUAGCACAGUGAAGGCAGGAACCAUUCAUGGGUUGAAGAAAGAAGGUAGUUCAUCAGGCUGUGUUCCCUCCACUGUUGACCAAGUGCAGAAUUCUAGUUCAAGCAAGCUCUGUAAGCCUGAACUACCUAUCGUGGAGCCUCCAUCCGAUAUGAAGAGAGUAGUUGAUAAGAUAGUUGAGUUCAUUCUCCGAAAUGGGAAAGAAUUUGAAGCAGUUCUUGUCCAGCAGGAUGCUAAACAUGGGAGAUUUCCCUUCCUUUCGCCAUCAAAUCAGUAUCACCUAUAUUACCUAAAGGCUCUUCAGAAGGCUCAAGAGCCAAAAUUAGCUGGCAAAAGCUGCAAUUCGGAGAAGAAUGGUGUCGGGGAAGAAAGUGAAUCUCUGUCUUUACCCUCGGACAUACCAUAUGAUUCGGAUAAGAAGGAAAAGUUCAAGAUGGUUAUUGGAAAGUCCAAGAGGGAAGGACAACCUGAUGCAAAUACAUCAGCUGCCUCUCAGGCACAACCUGCUGGAGUGAGUAUGGAUGCAGCCACAACAGCUGCUAUUCUUCAGGCCGCCAGAAAAGGCAUGACGUAUCCUAACCUGGAUAUCUUUUCGAAGAAUUCACAGAACUGUGUUAGUCAAGGCCGCAGCAGUGGAGAUGGUGGUGAGCCCGGUAGUUUCAAUAGCUCUCGGCCUCAUUCGUCCACUCAAAAGAUGGUUCCUCUAGCGAAGGCCAUUGCCAAGACUGCGGCUAUUGCUGCAGCAGACGAGGCUGAUUCCUCUGAAGUUGGCCUGACGAGAGAGCAAAAGCUAAAGGCUGAAAGGCUGAAGCGAGCGAAGCUGUUUGCUGCAAUGAUAAAAGGUGGAGCUGCUGCUCCCUUGAAAAAUGAACCACUGCACCGUGUUCCAUCUUUAGAACCACCUGAUUCUGGUUUGUCAAGGUCAGGAGGAGCCUCGGAUGCUAAUAAUGUUGUGGAUGAUAGAGAAAGGGAUGGGAGUUUAGCUCCAAUGCAUGCUGAUAGUUCUGAGAAAAUUGAAAAGAUGGAGAAUACAAAACAACAUGCAGAUGCAUUGAUGGAUCGGAGGUCUAAGAGGAGUUACCGUCCCAGAUCUGGAAAGGAUGAAGAAGGGGAGGAAGAAAUGAAGGAAGACGGGGAAGAACAUAAACAUUCCAGGAAGAAGAGGCGUUCCAAUGGUUCAUCACAUCAUCAUAGCAGGGACACUGGGAAGCACAAGAGAAGGCGUUCAUCUCAUCCUACUCGUGCAAACUCUUCGGAUGAUGAAGAUGGGCACUCUCGACACAAGCAUAAGGAAAGUUUAUCUUCUGAAGAUGAGCAUGAUCAAAAGCGUAGGCACUCUGAUCGUAGAAGGCACAAACACAAUGCUUCGUCAGAUGAUGAGCGGAAGCACCCUCGACAUCAUCAUCGUGAUCACAAUGACUCUUCAGGUGACGAGCGUAAGCACUCUCGACGUAGGCACAAUAAGCAUGUGGAAUCUGAUGACGGUAGACGUGAGCACAAACGAACGUCCAGAAGGGACAAGAGGGUUUCAAAGUCGAGGAGAGACGUGGAAAUGGAGGAAGGGGAGGUUCAUGCUAAAUCAUCCGAUCAGUCCAAAGCAAGCGAGACUCGGAAUUCAGGCAGUAGAGAAACUUCUGUGGAGCUGUCGAAAUCUGGUCGAGACAGUGCGAAGGCAGCACCGUUGCCCGAACCCAGUCAAAAAACAGACGAUGUUCCUGACGACCUUAGAGCAAAAGUACGUGCCAUGCUUAUGGCAACCUUGUAAGCUAUCAUUUUCUAGGCAAUGGCUUCGUUCAUGGAAUGUAGCUCAAGUGUACUGCUCCCUUAUAAGUCUGUAAUCUCACGGCGCUGCUUAAGAAAUCGAGACUGAAACAUCUAUGUUCAAGAGCAACGGUAUUACUACUGGACCGAACCCUUGUUCACGUGAGCAGUGUGUUGCGAAGGGCAUCUAGUGAAUGAAUUUUAUCGAAACCUCUAGUAAUCCGGAGCACGUCGUUAUGGCC